AUGUCUAAAUCAAGGCAUUUACUUACUACCCCCCCCCCCCCCUCCGUGAGCGAACAAAAAAAAUUUUGUUCGCGCUCACGGAGGGGGGUUAAAUUUUUUUUUUUUAAAAAAAUUUAUAUAUAUAAAUUUUUAUAAAAAAUAUUUUUUUCGAAAUUUAAAAAAAAUCCUAAUUUGCAAAAAUUGGGAAGCAAAUAUUAAUUUAAUUUGCAAAAUUUAUGUUUUAAAACGCAAUUUGUUUAAAAUUAAACAGAAUUAGCUCUAGAUUUCAUUAUACUAAUUAUCACUUAUAUAUCAAAAAUUUUUUCCAUUAAAAUUUUUUCUAUUAAAAAAAUUUUUGUUCACUCACGGAGGGUGGGUUUUUUUGGUCAAAAAAUGGCGAUUUUUCUAAUGGUUUUGUUCGCUCACGGAGGGGGGGGGGGGAGUUAAAGAAAAAGCAUCGACAGUCAGAACAUCUAAUGAGCCUACUUAUUCUAGCGUUGAAGAAUUAGAAACCAAAAUAGCUGAUCUUCAAAAAGAGCUAGAAUCUGCUGAAGAGCAGACAAAAAAGGUUUCGGAAAUAAAUCUAAAAAAAUUAGACCAUCUUGUCAAACGAGAGCACGAAUAUAGGACGACAAUGUCUCAAUACGAAGACCAACUGCAAGGAAGAAUAUGAAACAAGCAAGUGCAGCUUAAUCCUUUAACAUUGCAAAACCUUGAAAAAAUCAAUAAAUUCCAUAAAGACAUUAACGAUAAAAUCGGCAUUGUUCAGUAUAAAACUACUCAAAUUAUGAUUGACAAAGAAAGAGAUAUCGUAAAAGACUAUAAUUCUAAAUUCACUAAUAUAGAAAGUGAACUAAACAACCAAAAAUCCACAAAUAUUAUAAAAAUUGAUACAGCUGAGAAGAAAGAAAAGCAACUGCUAAAGCGACGUGAAAACUUGCAGAAGAAAAUGGUCAAUCUUGAAAAAAAUCACCAAAAACUUAUAAUGGAAAAUCAAGCUUUAAAGCUUGACAUGAAAGACCAAGAAAAUGACAUAGAAAACCAAAAAUUCGAGCUGGAGCUACUUCAUGUCACAAAUUUACAGCUAAAACGAGAUUUAAGGCAUUUCUCAUCAGAAAUGGUAGAUUUAAAAAAAGUAACACCAUUAAGCACAGAAAGAUCAAGACCUCCUCAGCAUUUUGCAUCAACUGGAAAUUUAAUAAAUAACUCUUAUGAUACUGAUAUUGCAUCAUUAAAAGUAAAAAUCAAGAAAGAGCAGGAAAAUAAUCGAAGGGUGAAAAACGAGCUUAUACAGUUGCUAGAGUCAAAAAAAGAGCUCAAAACAUUUUUAAGGCAGUGUAUAGAUGAUGUAAAAGAUAAAAUUACCCAGCAUCUUACUAAUAUCAAAUUAAAUCAAAGUCCACUAACUGAAGAGCAACAAGAAAAGCUGAUGGAGCUUCUUUUAUCCCAGGAAAGAGUUUUAACUCUUCUUCACGAUAAAGCAUUUCCUCAACAAAAUGGCUCUCAGAAAUUAAGUGGCAGUAAAGAAGCAGAAAUGAAAAAUAACAUUGUAGGCAUUGAAGGGACUAUGGAGAGAAUCGAUAAAGUGUAUGAUCACUAUGAAAACAUAUUAAAAAGCGAUUCAAUCCAUUUCAAAAAUAAAAGAAAGCAAAUUUUAAAUAUUGCAAUUUCCUGUGGAUGGCGCUGUUUUGGCCUUGAUUUUCCUACUGGAAAAAUUUUUUGGUCCGACCAGUCUCAUGUGAUUUGGUCAAACAAAAAAAUUUUCCCAGUGGGGAAAAUCAAGGCCAAAAUAGCACCAUCCAUGGGAAAAUCCCAUAAUAAAUUCUAUGCAUAG